UUUGGUAUUAACCCCUCAGUGCCAGUGACAUCGUCAAGAAACUGUAGCUACCCUCCGUUACAUGUAGUACCCUUAGGGCUGAAGAUGGUGUCACCAUAUGACUCUCCUUCACAUUCGCCAACUCAAAAUCCAGCAUCUAGCAGUACAUGUUCAUCACUCUCCCCAGCCUCCACAAACUCUGUCACCAGUAAUUCUGAUGACAGCCAAAUUUCAAAGGUUCUGUCCCCUCAGUUUUAUCAGCAGCAACAGGACAAGGCAGUGAUAUCAUCUAGUAGCAUGAACACCAACCAGCAUCACUACCAUUCGGAAGCAUCCAGAGGCUUGCACUAUAAACAAGAAAAAGCCAAAGAGAACAUUGCAAGCUUCAUGUCACAUAACAGGCAUUCAAAGUCCAACAUGGACAAUGGGAAAGGUUGUCUGGAGACCUACAGAACAGAAAACCAUCCCCCACCUCCGUAUUCUGCCCACCAACUCGCCACAUCAUUAGUCUCAGCAAACCUUGACCAACUGGAUGUGCUUUUGACAUGCAAGCAAUGUGAUCAGAAUUUUAAUGACCUUGUCUCUUUUCUUGACCAUAAGCAAUACUGUGGACAGCAUACAUUUAUACAAAAUGAGCCAAAGGUGGAAGACAUUAGGAAGUUUCAGACAGACCACGCAAAAGCCAUGUCAUCUGGAUCCAGUUACACAAUUUUGCGGAGUUCUUCAGAUUUGCAUUUGUCUCUGCUUGGACUAAACAAGAAUGGGGAAAUAGUGCCAGAUAAUGAAACCAAAGGAGAUAUAAAAGAUGAUCCAAUGAAACUGAUGCUACCAUCUGCACCCCUGCCAGAUUUAGAAAUGGAAGAUCCCAAAUUGGAUAGCCUUAUCACAGAGGCUUUGAACGGAUUAGGCUAUCAGUCAGACAAUGCAGAGAUUGAUAGCAGCUUUAUUGAUGCAUUUGUUGAUGAUGAUCUCACCGCUACUAAAUGCACAUCAACAAGACAGACUUUGACUACCAAAGACUCCACAACAUUUGAAGGUAGAACAAACAGUGAAUCGACAUCCAGUGAGAGAUCUCAAGCUCACAGCAAAUAUCCUUUUGACUCAGACUUAGACAGCCUUAGUUCAGACAGCAAACUCAGAGACAGCCCUUUCAAAGAAAGCCAACAUGAGUUGAUACAGAAGGAAGGCCUCAAAGCAGAAACCUCUCCAACAGAGUCCCAGUCACAGGAGUCAAACUGCACACCGAUCGAGUGGGAAACAAGAAAGUCAGAACAAAGAGAGGAGGAAAAUGAUUAUAGUUCUAAGUUUCUUCUAUCAAGCAAGUUUUCUGCAAGAUGUGGACUUAAAAGCUUGCAGAGUAGCACAGCAUUAGUGAAAACAACAUCCACCUGUGCCAGUAAAAGUCCAACAGCUCAGAAACCAAUACCAACAGAAGGAAAAAGGAGGAGGACAGGUGGCGGAAGCUGGAGUAAAGAGCUUAUUCACAAAAUUGUUCAACAAAAGAACAAAUUGCAUAAACUCCAUGUGAAGGGCACCAAAAACAUGCAGUUUUCACUUGUGAUGGAGAGAGUUACUCCUGCAGUGCAGAACCCUACUUUCAGGGAGUAUGAUUACGUUUCUGACUCAGACGAUGACUGUGAGCCUGUGAAGAUAGCCAGUCAAGGACGUCUCAGCCAGAGCAUUCGUUGCAAGUACACAUACACUAAGGAGUGCAAGGGGAGGAUUCGUGCUGACAAGAGCCAGGAAAGUUCAUGGAAACAAAACAAAAAUGAGUGCUUUGAUCCCAAGAAAGCUUUGGAUGUCUCUCCAUCCUUGACGAAAGACAACCCUGGUCACCAAAGGCUCAGAAGACGGAGCAGUAGGUCUUCCACAAGUAGUGAACUCAGCACAUCAAUAAGUAUUUGCAGCGAUAGCAUUGGCAGCCCGAAAAGUACUGAUCAUACAGAUUCCGACUCUGAGAAACGAAUAGAAGUACAGAGGAAAGAUCAAGACUCUCUUGAACAGAAUGUGUACGAACAAUCGCCAGCAAGGAUACGGAAAGAGUCUAGCACAUCACUGGCAUUGACCUUUACGAAAAAUACAAAAAGGUACAGCACUGAUAAGAUACUACUCACUGAGCACAAGGAUCGGUUCACUACUUCAAAAUGUUCAAGCAUUAUCUGUAAGACUGAAGAGACUGCAUCAGAUCAUACAAUGACUAAAAGUACUGUCAGCCUUGCCAGAUUUAAAACCACCAGAGUGGAAAUAGAGGAAAAAGGGGACCACUUCGGGUUUGAGGCAGGAAUGCUUGCAACCACAGAAGAGCCAUUAAAAAAAGAUUACCCCAAAAAUGUCAUAUCACCAAGAGGGUCUGGUAUAACACCAAAUCCAAUGGAAACCACCAACAAUAGAGAUUCUAGCCAUGUUUUUAAACUCAAAAAAGAUGCUGUCACAUCAAAGGGUAAAUCCCACAAGAAAAGAACAUAUAGUUCUGAAUUGUCAGCACCCAUUUUUGAGAAAGCCAGCAAUGACAGCAUAUCAAGUGAAGAAGCCAGCAGAAGCUCAAAUGAUCUAUUCCCUGACCCCCCACCUCUCUGCAGUACAUUUGUGGACAAAGUAUGUUUAUCACAUUCAAAAGUCCAUGAUGCUACAGCACAAAACAAUAGCCAAUGUCUCAUUCCCUAUCCUUCAGAGCAUGAUCAGAGUCCUAUAAAGUCGCCCCUUUCUUUUGACACAACGUCAAUGUUUGGUGACCUUUCAGUGGGAGGUUUUGAGAGCAAUCUUUAUCCAGAUAUUCAGCUUGCCAAAGAGAGCUUUAGUCCUCUGGAAACCACAACAGAUAAGAAGGAACUUUUUGAGUCAUCAUUUUCACCAUUCUUAGAGCAGAGAGACUGGAAUCUGAUGGUUGAUGUUACUCCUGUGCUGCCAAAUGAGAUUUCUCAGUACAAAGAGGACUCUGACUCAAAUGAGAAUAAGACCAAUUUUAACCAUGUCCCAUUUGCUUUGCCAGAGAAAUUAAUGGACUACAAUCCAAAUCUCAACAGUAAUGUGUCAGUUGAUGAUCUAGAAAUCAAAAGGAUAAUUACAGAGCUUGAGAGUCAGCUGCAAACAGCCAAACUCAGCAGCCCUCCACCAUUAGACAGUGAGCUUCCAAAACAGUUAACAAUGAGCAAAUUCUCUCCACUGAGACUUGACCCUGACAGUGAAGAUGAGGACAGUAGCUUAGAGAUGAACUGUUCCUCAGAGAACUUGCAAAUUGUCAGACCAGUAGACUCACAAUCAGCGCUGUUCUCAGAACCUGACUUACCGUGGUCUAGUCCGCUCCCAUUUGGAUUGAUAUGUGGACAGCAAGGUCUUCAUACACCAACACAUUCCUCUACUAUCAACACACCAACUGAUUCAGAACAUGACCAUUUGGAUAUAAAGGACAGCAUGGGGCUCACUGAUUUGAAUGCAGAAAAUGGUUCACCUACGCAUCUAGAGGACAAAACAGAGAAGAAUGACUGCUUAGACAAGUCCGAGGAGAUGCUUGAGCAUGAAAUUUACACAGAAAAUCUAAUGAAAAGCUUGGAAGUGAUCUCAGAUUCUUUGUCUUCAGGUUUUACAUCACCUCAGUCAUCUCCUAAUCAAGAGAGUGUGGUUCCUGAAGAACAUGAAAAACAAGACAAUGAACACUCUGAACAAAAUGAGUCUGAACAUAUAGAAUCUAGAAACACAAAAGCAGAGCUCACAAAGUUCUUAGUGGAGACAUUUAACACAAACUCCGCUACACUAGAAGAGACAACCAGUGACAUUUCUGGGUCAGAUAACAGAACAAAGGUCUGCAUAAACGAGACUAGUAAUGACACUCUUCAUGAUGAAUUAUUAGCUAAUGAACAACAGCUUGCGGAGAGUUCCUUUGAGAGUCCACCAACUGCAUGUGUGAACUCAAAUGAAAUCGAUUUACAGAAGUCUUCUGUCUCCAUAUAUGAACACAAGUGUGAGUCCCCUGUCAGCCAAACUGAAAUUGCUGAGUGUGAUACACAGUUUGAUAUUAAGAACUCAAAUUAUACUAUGCAAAAUUCAGAUUUCUCCAAAAUAUUCCACUUCUCAGCAUCCCCUACCAUACCAAAAGAUGAAAAUGCCCUGUGUGUAGAAAAAAUACAGAAAUGUGAUGAAGAUUCAGCUCUAAUUGCAAACCCAGAAUUAAUUUCUGAAGACAAUGGGCAUGUAACAGGUGAAACAACAGACUGUUCAUCUGAUACAGACAUCCAACAACCCAGUUCAAACAUCAUGCCUCCUCAUUGUGAAGACCAGUUGUCAACCUAUUCACAAUUAAUUCAUACACAACAGGUGGUUUCUCCUAAACAUCUUCCUUUAGUUCAAGUUGAACAUGAAUGUAUAGACAGUGUGGAGAGAGCCAUGCCUGAUAUGACAUUGUUUUCUGUGCAAUCAGAAUGUGAAGAGAAUCAAAAAAAGAACAGAGUUGAGAGUCCUCAACUUCUUAUUUUGACUUCUUACAAGUCUAUCCAAAGUCCUUCUGAGCUGAGAGAUAAUGGUCCACUACCAAGUACAGUUACCCCUUCACUAAGUAAAAGCAGACCAGCUCUGGAACACAAUAACUCAGAUCAAAUAAAUAUUGGCAAGUCAGACACUUUUGAUCCAGCAACAACAGAAUUAGAUAAUUCAUUUAAUCCCCAUCUGGAUUUAGUAGAAAUUACAGGAAGUAAAAUUUCUAGCCCUGGAACACUGUUGGCUGUGGACAAAAUCUCAAAAAAAACUUUUUCUGAGCAUUCUGGGGGACUGGAUAACUCUCAAGAUGAUUUGAAACUCAGCCCCUUGAAUUACAGUGAAACAUGUUUCAAUGAAUACAGCUUCACCUCUAAAUGUUCAAACAAAGGAAAUGACCAGCCUGAUGUCAAAUCAAACUCUACAGACAGUUACAUUCUCAAUGCCUGUGCUUUAUCUCUUGAUAAACCAUUGUCAUCCAGCCCAACAUAUAAUGCAAAUGAACUAGAGCCAAAUAUUCAGGGCCAUCUGACUGGAUUUGAUAAACCCGAAACCUCUAUAAAUAAUAAACAAAAUUAUAUCAAAUAUUCAAGUGUCUCAGCUUCAUGCAGUAAUUAUGUUGAGGAAGACAGUACAAUUAUCUCUGAACAUGUCUCAAAACUUGGCCAAACUGACAUGGAUGGUAGUCACCUUCCACCUGAAACUGUUGAUUACAUGGAUCUGCACCUCAAAUUUCACAAGAAAGCAGAUUCUGAAAAGCUGGACCACCAGAUGAUCACCAGUGAGCAUGAUUCAAUGCAGAGGUCAACAAUGUCAGAUGUUAAGGAGAUACCUAAACAUCUGAUACAAUGUGCAAAAGCAGCAUCCAUGGGUCUCACAUUCACAUCUGUCCAAAAUGAAGGACCAAGUUUAAAGUCAAAUGAGACAAAAACAUCACAGAAAAAGGGUGGUACACAGAAUGCAGUACAAGGAAAAUUUCAGUGUGAAAUAUGUGCAAUGUUCUUUCGUACACAACCUGGACUUAAAAGACAUAAAGCCAUGAAGCAUGUAGUAAAGACUGAAGGAAUUUCUCCCAUUGAAAAUCUAAAUAUGAGCAGUCAAAUGUUCAUGCCAAUUUUAAUGUCACACCCAAUGGAAAAAGCACUGAAAGGUAGCAUGGAUGUUUUAAGUCCAGCAGUUAUUUUACAUCCAAACAGAAGUGAAAUCUCAGAUGGACAAGAACAGCAAGCAGAUCCACAUUUGAUCUUUCAAGGGAUUGCAAGUGAUUCUGAUGUGUCAAAGAUCCCAAGAAGUUGUGAUAUUGAUCAGAGAACUUCUCUAAAUGAAAAAGCAAAUAACAGUAACACCACUGUGGACAUGAGCAGUGAAAUGUUUGCUCCAAAACUGGUAAAGCAAGACACCUUUUCAGAUGAAAUACUCAGUACUCUUCAAACAGAUAUAUUGCAGGCUAUCUCUCCAGAUUUUCCCUCAAUGGUACAACAAAACUGUCCUAAGUCACCUGAAAAACAGGUCCCAAAUAGCAGUCACAACUAUCAUGAAGUCAGUGUGAGGGAGGAACAGAAGAGCGUGGUAGUAACCAACAGCAGUGAAGAGCAAAUGGAAGAAACCACUUCUUCCAUAGGGCAUUCUGUAUCGCAUAAGGAAGGAGACACAUAUGACACUGACGAAGUUGUGACAAAGUAUUGCACUAUUAAGCGAAAUUAUGUUCAGACAGAAGAUAUCCACUAUCCACUUGGGGAUUCUUCUGUGGAUAUCAAGCAUGAGAACACCUGUUCUCCUGCAGAAGACAGUCAUGCACUUACUGAAGCUUUAGGAAUAGCACCUGAUCUCAAGGCUUUCUUUGAUGAUGAAAGCACUUUUUCUCAAUUAUUCCCAAGAAAUGAUGACAGGAAAAGAAAGAAAUGUGCAAGGGUCUAUGGUAAAAGCAACAAAAAGCAAAAACAACUGUCCUGUUUAAUUUUAGACUUACCUCCCACUGGUGCCUUUAUUGAUAAGUAUGAGGAGUCUAAAGAAAACAAGAUGGGGCACAAGUUUACCAGUGACAUGAAUGACCCUUGUGAAUAUGAAACCAUACUGACCCCCAAAAGCUUAGUCAAGAGUUCUAUGGAGAGUGCAUGUCAUUCAAAAGAUGACCUAAUGGAUAACCAGGCUGGUUAUGAGAAAAAUGUAGAAACUGGCAUUAAAGAAUUCUUAUGUGAAAAAGAGGGAACAAUCAGACAACCCUUAGAGCAUCAGGAUGAUUUGCAUGAUUGCAUUGUGUCAGAGAACACAGUUCCUCAGGAUGAUUGUAAAUCAGAGGUUCCUGCUACAGCCUGCCCUCUCCAAAUGGUCUGUGUUCAAGAUAAUGCCUCUUGUUCGCCAAGCACUGAGAUACCUAACCUUAACACUACAAUUCAGAUUCCUGUACCAUUUUUUGAGCCUGAGAGAGAUAUGCCUUUGGUUGAGACCAUUGCAAGCACAGAACUGAAAGACUCUGAAAGACCUUGCAAAAAGCCUGUGGAGCGGAAGUGUAGGAAACGCAUUGAACCUGGACUUAAGCCUAAAGAUAAGCAGUACAAAUGCAAAGUGUGCUUCACAUGGUUUCUCACCUUAGGUGAGCUCGACUUCCACAAGCUCUCUCACAAUCCAUCACCUCCCCCAACUUGCUAUAUGUGUGUCCAGCGCAAGUUUAGCUCACGAGAACAACUUAGGGACCAUCUCAGGGAGAAACAUGCCAAAAACAAAGCAGGUGUUUGGACUUGUGGCAUGUGCUUGAAAGAAAUUUCAGAUGUCUGGAUGUACAAUGAACACUUGCGUGAGCAUGCCACACAGUUUGCACGAAGAGGCCAGUCUCAGAGCUCCCUCUUGGACAUGCCUGGGUGUUUCAUGCAGGAAAAUGCUGUGAAGAACUUCAUAUCUUCAAUAAUGCAGCAUCGACCCAGCACAACUACAAAAGGAGACAAUCUUAAAUCAUCAUCUAAGGAAGAGAGAAGAACAUCUUUAGAUGUUAAUGGACAAGAGUUGAAGGUUCCAGAGGAGUUUGAUUCCAUAAGUCUGAAGACUAAAACGAGUAUUGGGGUAGGAAGUAAACACUGUGCACUGACAACGCUUGAGGUUCUACCUAAAGCAGAGACUCCUUCCAAAAAUGCUGAGAUGCAUCCUAAUUGCAAAGACCCUUCAAGGGACUGUCACCACUGUGGCAAGCAGUUUCCAAAACCCUUUAAGCUCCAGCGUCACUUAGUUGUUCACAGCUUGCAAAAGAUUUAUCUUUGUCACAAAUGUCCAGUGUCCUACCAAGAGGCAAAGGAGCUUAAAGACCACCUUAAAAAUGAACAUGAGGAGACAGAUGAGCCAGACUCAAAGCAUACCACACUCUAUACUUGUGAACUCUGUGCCGAUGUCAUGCAUGUAAUUAAGAAGUCCUUCAUCUGCAGUACCUGCAACUACACAUUUUCCAAAAAGGAACAGUUUGAUCGUCACAUGGAGAAGCACCUUGCUGGAGGGAACAAGAUCUUCAAAUUCAGGGGAGUCAUGAGACCUUGCAAGAUUUUUAAUUCAAAAGAUGAUAUAUCUGACUUGCCACCAAGCAAGAAAAGGAAGGAAAUGGAGAGCAGCUUGGACAUCACAGCAUCACACAUGCAAGGCAUCAAAUCAGUGUUGCCAAUUAUAGAUGACACUGCACAGAAUAGUACGGAGGACCAUUCUACUGAAACGAACAAUACCAGUGUGAAAAUUGAAGAUGUAGCUGAGGACUUCCCUGUAGUUGCCAAGGAUAUUAUAGAGUGUACAGUGCAAACUGAUACAGGAGAACAGAGUCUUUCAACAGAGCUGAAGGAAGAGGAUGAAAGCUCUUCUCCAUCUCAUGAAAUCCAAGCGGAUGUGCCCAGGGAGGUCAGUGCAACUGACAAAGAAGCUCUGACAGAGGUUUGUGACGUUAAAAUAGAAGAUGACUGUUGCACAAUUCCAACAACAUUGCUAGAUUCAGAGGUUAACGUUGCAAGUAUUUCCAGACAAAACAAAGACAGGGUGGAGACGAACCCUUCAGAAAGCCUUGAAAAUGCAAGUGAACAAGGGCAAACAACAGACUCAAGUGUAUGCACCAUUCAAGUAUGCAGUCAAACAGAUAUAAGUUUACCAAAGCAAUACAUGCAAGGACUCUCAUCUUGCAAUAACUUUGAACUCUCAUCUGUGAAGCAGUCUUCAAACGAGAUAAGCUACUUGAAGCAGGAUCAAACAAUCGAGACUUUAUUCUCCAUCAACAGAAAUGAGAAUAAACAAGAUGUUCACACUCAUGACAGUGAACAGCCGACUACUGGCCAGGCUAAGCACAUAACUAUGGUCAAAUCUGAAAAUAACCCAAGGUGCCUUAGUACCACUGAUUCUGCACGUCACACCAACAGCUCUAAUACAUGUGAAGAUAAGGACUCAACCAAACAACAAAAGAAGAGGAAAGAAUUUAAGACAUCUCACAGCUCUCAGAGAACACCAUCUCCAACUGCAAGGGAAAAUCUGGGCAUUGACCCAAGAGUUAAAAAGAAGUUCAGACCUAGCAGGUGUGAAAAUAUCGAUGGGCAAAGGAAAACCGAUCUUCCCAAUGACUAUCCAGUGCUUACAUCAGUAAAGGAUGACACAGUCAGCAACAAAAUAAUCUCCAAGCAUAAAAUAGGAUCUUCCAGUCUGGGCCUUCACCUAAAGAAAGGUCCUGUAGAGUUCUCACCCAAAAAGGUUGAGAUUGUACGCCACUUCAAAGGAGAUUGCAAAGGGAAAAAGAGCAUUCCUAGGAGACCCAUUCAUUCCCCUUCUUCUAGGGUCUCCACCCUGAACAGCUCAUUUAAUAAAUCACGGUCCAAUCCAGGGGUCAGAUCCAUAGAGACGCACUCAUAUCGUACUGCAGAGUCACAAAACAACCUCCUCAGCCAGCUGUUUGGCCAAAGACUAACUAGUUUUAAAAUUCCUUUAAGGAAGGACACUUCAGAAUCUAUUAAUUAAGGAUUAAAUGGAUGCUAUUAACGAGGAGGUAAUUAAGUGAUCCACUAGGCAUGUUGUUACGGCAGUUUAUUCAUGAGACUAGGAUUGUAUGGCCCUCCUCUGUGAAAUCAUUUAACUCCUUGUUUAGUCACUUUAUUGCAUUCCUCUUGUAAAUGUGUAUUUACAUAUAUGUGAAGACCAACAA